AUCGCACAUAUUAUUGAGACCAACUAGCAACAUAGAAAGCACAAUAGUGUACCAACAAUGGCAGCCAAAAUAUUUUGCUUCCUUAUGCUCCUUGGUCUUUCUGCAAGUGUUGCUACCGCAACCAUUUUCCCACAAUGCUCACAAGCUCCUAUAGCUUCCCUUCUUCCCCCAUACCUCUCACCAGCGGUGUCUUCAAUGUGUGAAAACCCAAUUGUUCAACCCUACAGGAUCCAACAGGCAAUCGCAACAGGCAUCUUACCAUUAUCACCCUUGUUCCUCCAACAACCGUCAGCCCUAUUACAGCAGUUACCUUUGGUCCAUUUGGUGGCACAAAACAUCAGGGCACAACAACUACAACAACUUGUGCUAGCAAACCUUGCUGCAUACUCUCAGCAACAUCAGUUUCUUCCAUUCAACCAACUGGCUGCAUUGAACUCUGCUGCUUAUUUGCAACAACAAUUACCAUUCAGCCAGCUAGUUGCUGCCUACCCCCAGCAAUUUCUUCCAUUCAACCAACUAGCAGCAUUGAACUCUGCUGCUUAUUUACAGCAGCAACAACUACUACCAUUCAGCCAGCUAGCUGAUGUGAGCCCUGCUGCCUUCUUGACACAACAACAGUUGUUGCCGUUCUACCUGCACGCUAUGCCUAACGCUGGCACCCUCUUACAACUGCAACAAUUGCUGCCAUUCAACCAACUUGCUUUGACAAACUCAACAGUGUUCUACCAACAACCCAUCAUUGGUGGUGCCCUCUUUUAGAUUGCUUAUGAGUUAUAGUUCAAUAAUGAAGUUUUUUGGAUGAUGUUUGUGGCGUCCCAGAAAUAAGAAAGUACAUUUCUAGAUUCU